AUCAGAAUGAUCGACCAGCUUCCUUCGGAAAUUCGUCGAUCAGUCAGCCAGCUGCAGCAGCAGUGAUCACUCGGCUCCGAUAGGGGGACUAGCAAUUGAUGAAUACGCCGACCCCUCUAGAUCAAACUAGGUUUGAGUCACAACGCAUGCGCAUUUAUCGUUCUUGGCGAUCUACGUGCAGUUUGGGACUCCCAUAGAAGUUACACUUGCAGAUAUUUUCCAACUUGAGUGAAGUUACUGCCUCUCAUAAACAAAAUGUAUAUCUGCUCAAGGCUCGUCUGUUCACCAGUCUCACAGGCUGUGCUUUUCAGGAGUUCUAGAGGUCUUCUCCGGCCAAUCAGUGGAACUAUUGUGAACAAAGGAAACGAACACAGCACCUUAUCAACAAAUGCCAGUACAAAUGGUUUACCCCCACAAACUAUCGCUACUAUUAAUCAGGUCAUAAGCAGAGGUUUCCAAACAUCAGCAGUGCAACGUGAUGUAGAAGCUGCAGCAAAAUUCAUUGGUGCUGGUGCUGCCACUGUAGGAGUUGCUGGAUCCGGUGCUGGUAUUGGUACCGUAUUCGGUAGUCUUAUUAUCGGCUAUGCCAGAAAUCCUUCCCUUAAACAACAGCUUUUCUCGUACGCCAUUUUAGGGUUUGCUCUGUCUGAAGCUAUGGGGCUUUUCUGUUUGAUGGUAGCCUUUUUAAUUUUGUUUGCUUUGUAAUUUACUUUAUUUCCCUGUGUGUCAAGAAUGGUCCCACUGUUUGGGUCCUAUUUCUUACUAUGAAUUGUAAAUGUCGGAGGUUUAUGAAGAAUGUGUUGUCAUGUUGCCUGUCAAUCGAUGACCAAAUUUUCUGACAAUAUCAAAUGUAAAAUUAUUAUCACCAGAGUUAGGUUGUGUUCUAUGCUGUGACCGAGAUUAAAAAUAACCCAAACGAA